AUGGGAAGUGUCCCCAUUGGCCUACUCACCGACCAGAAUACGGAGCAAAUGAACAUAAUCUUCGACCAUGCCAUAGAUGUGGCUAACCAGGAGGUGGGCACCACAUUGACAUCCCUCAAGGCGGAGGUUAACUACGGCGAUGCCUACCAGAGCUAUGGGAGACUCUGCCAAAUGCUUGAGACCGGCAUAGCUGGGGUCUUUGGACCGUCCUCACGCCACUCUGCCCUCCACUUGAUGUCCAUCUGCGACGCCAUGGAUAUUCCCCAUAUAUACUCCUACAUGAGCGAUUACGCCGAGGGCUUCAACCUCCACCCACAUCCCGCUGACUUGGCCAAGGCCCUGCACAGUCUCAUCACGGAAUUCAACUGGAGCCGCUUUAUUUUCCUCUACGAGUCGGCUGAUUACCUCAAAAUCCUUAACGAGCUGACGACUUUGUUCGGCAUGAAUGGUCCUGUGGUCACGGUCCUGCGGUACGACAUGCAGUUGAAUGGAAACUACAAGCAGGUCCUCCGGCGUGUGCGCAAGUCACAGGAUAAUCGAAUUGUGGUGGUCGGAUCCAGCGACACGAUGCCCGAAUUCCUGAACCAAGCCCAGCAGGUUGGCAUCAUCAACGAGGACUACAAGUUCAUCAUUGGCAACCUGGACUUUCAUUCCUUCGAUUUGGAGGAGUACAAGUACAGUGAGGCCAAUAUAACAGGGCUGCGGCUGUUUUCCCCCGAGAAGAUGGCCGUGAAAGAGCUUCUUAUGAAGUUGGGCUAUCCCACUGACCAGGAUGAGUUUCGAAAUGGUUCCUGUCCCAUCACCGUCGAAAUGGCUCUAACCUAUGAUGCUGUUCAACUGUUUGCUGAGACCCUGAAAAACCUUCCCUUUAAGCCGAUUUCUCAGAACUGCUCCCAGCGCACCGAAAGUGUCCGGGACGAUGGUUCAUCCUUUAAAAACUACAUGCGAACUCUACGUCUCUCGGAACACCUACUCACAGGACCCAUCUACUUCGAGGGGAAUGUCCGCAAGGGCUACCACUUGGAUGUAAUCGAGCUGCAGCCCUCGGGCAUUGUGAAGGUUGGCACCUGGGAUGAGAAUCGCGGCUACAGACCCCAGCGACUGGCCCCCACCACCUCCCAGUUCGAUGGCCAGGACAAUUCGCUGGCCAAUAAGACUUUCAUUGUUUUGCUAUCAGUGCCGAACAAACCAUAUGCCCAACUGGUGGAAAGCUACAAGCAACUGGAGGGCAACAACCAGUACGAAGGCUAUGGCGUGGAUCUCAUCAAGGAACUGGCCGAUAAGCUGGGCUUUAACUUCACCUUUGUAAAUGGCGGCAAUGAUUAUGGAAACUUCAAUAAGACCUCCAAUGAAUCCACUGGCAUGUUGAGAGAAAUUAUGAUGGGGCGAGCCGAUUUGGCUGUUACGGACUUAACCAUCACGGCAGAGCGGGAACAAGCCAUAGAUUUCUCCAUUCCCUUCAUGAACUUGGGCAUUGCCAUUCUCUACUUGAAGCCCCAGAAAGCCACACCAGAACUCUUCACUUUCAUGGAUCCGUUUUCCGAAGAGGUUUGGAUAUUCCUGGGAUUUUCCUUUUUGGGCGUAUCCUUGAGCUUCUUUAUAUUGGGUCGUCUGUCACCCAGUGAGUGGGAUAACCCGUAUCCGUGUAUCGAAGAGCCCGAAGAGCUGGAAAAUCAAUUCACGAUUGGGAACUCCAUCUGGUUUACCACCGGAGCCCUGCUCCAACAGGGCUCGGAAAUCGGACCAAAAGCUCUGUCAACCCGCACUGUGGCCACUUUCUGGUGGUUCUUCACUCUGAUUGUGGUAUCCUCGUACACUGCCAAUUUAGCCGCUUUCUUGACUAUCGAGAAGCCUCAAAGUUUAAUCAACAGUGUCGAAGAUCUAGCGAAUAAUAAGGAUGGUGUGGUUUAUGGCGCCAAGAAAACAGGAUCUACCAGGACUUUCUUUUUGACAACUGAGGAUGAGCGCUACAAGAGAAUGAACCAGUUUAUGUUGCAGCAUCCGGAGCAUCUCACACAGGACAACAUGGAGGGAGUGAAUCGAGUCAAGUCAAGUACCCACUAUGCCUUUCUAAUGGAGUCCACUUCCAUCGAGUACAACACCAAACGCGAGUGCAAUCUCAAGAAGAUUGGCGAUGCUCUGGAUGAGAAGUGCUAUGGAAUAGCCAUGCGAAAGAAUUGGCCCCAUCGCAACAAGUUCAAUAAUGCCCUGCUGGAGCUGCAGGAGCAAGGAGUUCUAGAGAAAAUGAAGAACAAGUGGUGGAACGAGGUGGGCACCGGAAUCUGCGCUACAAAGGAGGAGGCCCCCGAUGCCACGCCUCUCGAUAUGAACAAUUUGGAGGGCGUGUUCUUUGUGCUCCUUGUGGGCAGUUGCCUGGCUUUACUUUACGGAAUCGUAAGCUGGGCCUUCUUUGUGAUGAAGAAAGCCCACCAUUACCGGGUUCCAGUGAAGGAAGCUCUUAAGGAGGAGUUCCAGUUCAUAGUCGACUUCAAUAACUAUAUCCGUGUGCUAAAGAACUCUGCUUCCAUCUACUCGCGCAGCCGUCAGUCUUCCAUGUCGGUGGCUUCCAUGGCCCAGGAAGACAGCUAA